UUGAUGUUGCAGCACCGUCUGUUGACUGGGGAAGGUGACUUCGGCGAGAUUCGGCUUUAUUUUUUGUUACGUUUGCUGUGAAAAAGCUAUUAUCUGCCGUCAUGUCCGCUUUUGGGAGGAUAUUGGGCGUCCUCCGGGGUGGCAGUCAGCUAGUUAAACGCGGGCCACAGAGGAUAAUGACGAGAAAGGCAGGCGGUGGGCCGCACAUCGAGCCACAGUACAGGCAAUAUCCUCAGCUCACCAAGAAACAGAAGUUCGAGGCGGAGUUUAUUAGCGGUGCUAUGUGGUUCUGGAUCCUCUGGCACAUGUGGCACGACUCCGAUGCAGUGCUGGGCCAUUUUCCUUGGCCCGAUGCGUCUCAGUGGACAGAUGAGGAGCUUGGAAUUCCAGCAGAUGACGAGGCAUAAGAUCAUCAGGUUUGACGCCACCUCCCCAAAUAUUCACUGAAAGUCAUCAUUGUACAUACAAUAAAUAAUCCUCCAAGUUAA